UUGCUCCAUGGACAUCCGGGUCUCUGCCGGUGCAGGCGGGAGGCGGAGCCUAUGAGGCCUGGCUCGGCAGGUGUGUGCGGGCGUCGAUGGCGGCGGCGGCGGCGACGGUGCUGCUGUCCGCCUUGGCUUCCCGGCUCUCCCAGUCGGCCACCGCCCGCUCAUACGGGAUUUUCUGCAAAGGGCUGACGCGGACCCUCCUCAUCUUCUUCGACUUGGCUUGGAAGCUCCGGAUCAAUUUCCCUUACCUGUACCUCGUGGCUUCGAUGAUGUUCAACGUCAGGCUACAGGUUCACAUUGAGAUUCACUAAAUCAUGCCUUAUGUUGCAACCAAAAAACAUUCCACCAUAUAUUCUGGAUUACUACAAUGCAGAGCUUCGA